UGGCACAAUAUUGUGGUGCUGGUGAUAUGAGCAGGUUGACUCAAGAAAAGGUUAUGCAGGGCUGUGAAAUUAGAGAGAGAAAGAGAGAGAGAGAGGGACAGUAGUAGUAGUAGCAGCAGCAGCAUAGAGUAUACAAGUCUAUCUUGGGUUUGAGAAUGGAAUGGUUAAUAGGAUGUUGGAUUUUAACGGCUAUAAUUCUUGGGUUGAGUUUGUUGUAUAAGCUGAAAAUGAAAAAAGAGGGGCAGCCAAACAAGAGUGAGAUUCCAAGAGGGAGCUCAGGAUGGCCUUUUAUAGGGGAAACUCUUGACUUCAUUGCUUCUGGUUACACCUCUCGCCCUGUUAGCUUCAUGGACAAACGCAAGUCUCUGUUCGGGAAGGUGUUCAAAACGCACAUAUUGGGAAGACCCAUAAUAGUAUCGACGGACCCAGAGGUGAACAAGGUGGUUUUACAGAACCAAGGCAACAUUUUCAUACCAUACUAUCCCAAAUCCAUCACUGAACUUCUUGGGAAAUCUUCUAUUCUCCAAAUGAAUGGAACUCUUCAGAGGAGAGUACAUGGCCUUAUCGGUGGCUUCUUCAGAUCUCCUCAGCUCAAAGCUCGUAUUACAAGAGAUAUUCAAAGCUCUGUAAGAUUUACUUUGUCUACUUGGAAAGACAAACAACCCCUUUUACUUCAACAAGAAACCAAAAAGAUUACGUUUGAAGUGCUGGUGAGAGUGUUGAUGAGCGUUGGUCCUGGUGAUGAUUUGAACUUCCUCGAGCGAGAAUACGAAGAAUUCAUCAGAGGCUUGAUUUGCUUACCAGUUAAAUUUCCUGGAACCACACUAUAUAAAUCUCUCAAGGCAAAGGAGAGGUUGUUGAACAUGGUGAGGAGGAUCGUAGAGGAUAGAAAAAUGGCUCUAGAGAAAACAGGUGACAAGGGUAUGCCCAAUGAUGCAGUGGAUGUGCUGUUGCGCGACACAGGUGAAUCAAAUGAGGUCAAUCAACGUUUGCCGAUGGAUUUCAUCGCUGGGAACAUCAUAGAGAUGAUGAUACCAGGGGAGGACUCUGUGCCCAUGGUCAUGACCCUAGCUGUCAAAUUUCUCAGUGACAGCCCCGUCGCUCUGAGCCGCUUGGUGGAGGAGAACAUGGAUUUGAAGAGGAGCAAGGCUCAUUCAUGUGAUGAUUAUGCUUGGACUGAUUAUAUGUCCUUGCCCUUUACUCAAAAUGUGAUCAGUGAAACUCUUAGAAUGGGAAAUAUCAUCAAUGCAGUUUGGAGGAAAGCUCUCAAUGAUGUAGAAAUAAAAGGUUAUUUGAUACCAAAAGGGUGGUGUGUCUUGGCAUCCUUCAGCUCUGUUCACAUGGAUGAAGAAAAUUAUGAGAAACCUUAUCAGUUUGAUCCAUGGAGAUGGGAGAAAACAGGGGCUGCUGUGGCUGUGAAUUGUAGCAAUACCUUUACACCAUUUGGUGGAGGACAGAGGUUGUGUCCUGGUUUGGAACUCUCAAGGCUUGAAAUCUCUAUCUUCCUUCAUCAUCUUGUCACCACUUAUAGAUGGGUGGCAUGGAAGGAUGAAAUAGUCAAUUUUCCAACAGUGAAGAUGAAGCAGAAGCUGCCCAUCACCAUCUUCCCCAUAGACAUAGACCAUUGAGUUUUAUUACUAUUAUUAUUGUUAUGUAUAAUGUAUAAUGUUUUUACAGCUGACAGCUGUGACUAAUAGUUAGAUUUGGCCCAUACAGUCCCAUUAGGUCAUCUAGAUAAACAUCACUACUCAAUCAAGUAUAUGUAGCUGCAGAUAUAUAUAUAUAUAUAUAGAUAGAUGGAUAGAUAGAUGUGUACCCCAUGAUUCUUGAUCAAUCAAUUUAUGUAGUUUAUUUAGUUUUCUAAA